UUUCUAGCUGCUAGUAUACUUUAGUAGGUCGCUAGUAUUUGAGGUGUGAUUAGACGUUGUAUAAAGUGGUUGCACUUGUUAGUUGCUGAAAAUGCUACGCAGUAUUAUUUUUAAACCAAAGUCUUCAUCAUUUUUUGCGGCAAAGAUUCGCUUUCAAAGUGUCCAGGCGCGACCUCAGCAAGUGGCCUCCGAUGGCGUUGAUCCCGAAUGGCCCUACGCGCUGCCGUACGAGAAGAUUCCUCGGCUGGGUUGGCUAACUAUGCUCAGAGGAUUCGCUCCCGGAGGUCGAUAUCACAACCUGCCCAUUCUGGACGCGCAUCGGCGCUUCCGGGAGGACUUUGGUGAUCUGUUGGUGAUUCCGGGUAUUUUGGGUCGGAAAGAUACGGUGGUUAGCUACAGUCCGGAUGACUACGAGAAGCUGUUCCGUACCGAGGGACAUUGGCCGAAUCGAAGGGGACUAGAUACCUUCGUGCACUACCGAAAGCAUGUUCGGCCGGAUGUGUUCAAGGGACUUGGAGGGUUGGUGAACGAACAGGGGGAAAGCUGGCAACAGUUUCGGACGAUCGUGAAUCCGGUGAUGCUGCAGCCGAAGACGAUUCGUCUGUACGUGGACAAGUUGGAUGAGGUUGCGCGGGAGUUCAUGGGAGUAAUUCGAGACAUUCGUGAUGAGAAGAAUGAACUGCCGGCUGAUUUUAAUCAGUGGUUGAACCGAUGGGCACUUGAAACGAUGGGAGUGUUGGCUCUGGACACCAGACUUGGAGUGCUUGAUAAGGAGAUGUCAACGGAAAUCAGUAACAUCGUGAAGUACAACCGAGAAGUUCUGGAGCUAAUGUAUCAGCUGGACAUUCUACCGUCGAUUUGGAAGUUUUACAAAACAAAAUCAUUCAAGCGGCUCAUGACCCUGUUAGAUGAAGUUACGCGAAUUGUAAUGGCCAAGGUGAACGAAGCCGUCGUCCGGCUGGAGAAAAAUCCGACCACAAACAACGACAACCAGAGCGUUCUGGAGAAGCUUCUGAAGAUCGAUCGCAACGUGGCGAUCGUAAUGGCGCUGGACAUGCUGCUAGCUGGAGUCGAUACGACCUCUGCCGGAUCCAGCGGCAUUCUGUACUGCUUGGCCAAAAAUCCAGAGAAGCAGGCGAGGUUGCGGGAAGAGCUGAGGACUAUUCUUCCGCAUAAGAACUCACCGCUGACGCCGGAAAACAUGCGCAAUCUUCCGUAUCUUCGAGCUUGCAUAAAGGAAGGUCUACGGCUGUACACUCCAACGGCCGGGAAUAUCCGAGCAGCUGGCAAGGACAUCGUACUGCAAGGUUAUCGGAUUCCCAAGGGGACGGACGUCGCCAUGACCUCGAUCAUCCUGUACCAAGACGACCAGUACUUCCCACGUGGCAAGGAGUUCCUCCCGGAACGGUGGCUCAAGGAACGCUCUUCGGGUUGUCCCAGCGGCAAGGACACCCAUCGUUUCCUGUUUCUGCCGUUCGGAUUUGGCCCGCGGGCCUGCAUCGGACUUCGGAUGGCCAACCUGGAGCUGGAGAUGAUCGUGGCGCGGGUCGUCCGUCAAUACGAGGUUCGCUGGAACUACGACGAUUUCCGUUUGGUCAGCAACCUGAUCAACGCUCCGGCGAACGAACUUCGCUACCAGAUGGUCGAAGUGGACCACUAGUAAAACAUUUGUUCAAA